ACAGCGUGACGCACGGGCUCUAAGGCAGCAUAUCUGUACGAUCAGAGCCAGCAUGAGGCUGUGACACACAAUCCACAUCCAUAGGGUGGGAGAAAAAAUACUCAUGGUGCUGACUCCAGCUGAAGAAACAAAAGCAUGUUACGUUUGUUUGUGCGUGCGUAAAAGACACGAGGAGAUGCGCCACAGACCCCCGGGUGGAAGUGGAAAUCAGGGCGCAGAUGAGUGGACAUGGAUGAGUCCAGCAGAGGAGGAGCAGGGUUUGAAUUACAGGCCACCCCCCUCUCCAUCUCCCAGCCCCCCAACACAGACGCUACAUUCAACAGAGGAAACGGAAAAGACGAAACAUCGGCUACAAGAAGGUUUGUCAUUUCAAAACCCCGGGGCCGUGGAAAGAACAGAGAGUUCCCUUUUUAUUCCCAUAGGCUCCUUGUCCACUUUUGGCUUCUUUGUUUGGCCACAAACCCGGCCUUCCAGCCCCCUUGUUUUCACUUUUUUUUUUAACCCAUCUUUUCCCCCAGCUGUUUGCAGCUGGCAAAAAAAAGCACCCGCCCUGUUCGGGAAUAAGGGACCGAGAGUGACCGGAGGAGGAGAGAGAUGCCACCCCAACCUCCCCCCCAGUCGGCCCAGCCGCAGGUGAGGAAGAACAUCCUAAAGUUCCUCAGGAGUUUUCCGGGAAUCGUCCGCAUCCUGCAGAUCGUGUUCGGAGCCGGGCUGUGGGUCACCAUCGCCGCCAACAAGUACGAGGGCUCCAUCCACUUUGUGCUGUUCGUCGCUGUCCUCUUCUGGCUCCUCACCCUCGCCCUUUUCUUCCUCACGCUCCUGGACAAGCAGGACCUGGUUCCGCUGCUGGGAGGGGACCGCUGGUUGUCCACCAACCUGGCGCACGACGUGGCCGCCGCCGUGCUCUACCUGCCGGCCAUAGGUGUCAUGAUCUACAAGACGGAUCGCAACUCGUACUGCAACCUGGAGCUGUACAAGCACCUCUGUCUGUACAAGGUCUACCUGGCGGCCGCCGUGUUCGCCUGCCUGUGCUGCCUGGCUUAUCUCCUGUCGGUCACGUACGGGGCGUGCAGGAAGUGUCGAGGAGAGCAGACAGUUAUCUGAUGAGACUAAAUUGGGUGUGAUGGCAAUGAGGGGAUGCGUGUGGCUCCGCAGCAAGAUGAGGAAUAGUUAACUUCACUGUAAUUUCACUCAACAGUCACUCUUAUCCCAGAUUUCUCUACUGUCUCCCCCUCUCCCAACUUUCCACCUUUUGUGUUUGAGGCAGGAUCAGGCCUUGUUAUUAUCAGUGUAUUUAAUAGUUGCCAUGAACAGCAGCUCAUCCUACAGAGGCCAAAAGCAACCAGGAAUGUUAAUCUAAUUGGUAAUGUGCACAAGUGGCAUGUGUUUUGUCUUCUAUAUUUAAUGCCAUUUUCCCUCAUAAAAAAAAAAUCAUACUCAUGUAGGGACUUAUUAUAGCAGUAUUUAGUGUAUACAUUUUGCAGAUUUGUGUUGGUACUGUCCAUCUAAAGCCUCUCAUAGGAUUGCUACAGUUGUUUCUCACAAGGCAUUCUUUUUUUUAUUACCUUUUUUUAAAGUAUAUAUUUUUAUGUGUUUUUAUUUUGUACGACAGCAAACUAUACUGAACAGUUACUGACACGCGCUGGAAUGACUUUUAUCUCUUACAGAAUGAAAUACUUGCCAGCUCUGUUUUGGUUUUGUCUAUAACUCAAACAUUGCGUGCAGCUUUUUAAAAAAAAAUUUUAUUAGUGCCUUCUGUCAGAAUGCUGUAUACUCAGUGAGGUUGUGACAACCGCAGACCCUACAGCGUGGAUGUGUUCGGUGCUACGAUGUGUAUGCUGACCAAAGCUACUCCUCAAGUGUUCAUUAUGUAAAUCCAAAAGAGCAAAAAGAGUAAGAAUAAAGACGAGUGAGAGAGAGAGAAAGAGA